GAGAGUCAACACUGACUGUUACACAUUUUUACAAUUUUCAUCUUUUUAAUUGAAUUGUAAAAUGUGUGACAAUCAAUUUAAAAAUGUAUAUAAAAUUAAUUUUGAAUGUCCUCUGGCUUAAGUGAGAUAUUUACUUUCAUGAAGUUGUCUUUCAUACCUCAACGAAUUAAUCUGUCCAUUAAGAUUUGAUAGAGUUGUAAACCGUUUAUAAUUUUUUGUCUUGCUAUGCAAACUGAUUCAAGAUAUCAACAAAGACAACAAUAAUGUUCCUUAUAUUACCUCUCUCUUGAUUGUGAACUAAUUAAAAACCCUUUACCAUCCCCGGUUUCGUCACCAUCACUGUUUACUUUUAAAUCAAUAAUAUCUCCAUUGGAAACAACUGAAUUUACAGUCACUGAUAACAUAUUGAUAAUCUAUCUUCAUUUAACACAAAAGAAAUGUCAACGAAAAAGAAGAAGUACAAUUGCCGGUUUCCACCGGCACGGAUAAAGAAAAUAAUGCAAGCCGAUGAAGAAGUUGGUAGAGUUGCAGCUGUGGUACCUUUAAUUAUCUCACGAGCUCUUGAAUUGUUUGUUGAAUCCUUAUUAACUGAAUCAAGUAAAAUCACUAAAUCUCGGAAUGCUCGAACGUUAACUCCAUCUCAUCUUAAAGCAUGUAUUACAUCAAAUAGUCAAUUUUCAUUUUUGAGAGAAUUUGUUGCCACUUUACCGGACAUUCAAAGUGUUGGUGACGAUGAACACAGUGAUGGUAAUAGCUCUACAUGUAACAAUAAUUAUGCUCACCAUUCUAUUCAAGGUUCAACAUUAGGUCAUCAUCCAGUUUCAUCGACUAGCUCAAUAACUUCAUCCUCAUCAUCAUUACCAUCAUCAGCUGCUCCUACUGCAGUAAUUUCAUUCUCAGGCUCUAAUUUAUCGCGGCAAGUUUCAACAAAUAGAUCCUCUCGAAGUACCAAUUAUUUAUCUCGAACUUCUGGUCGUGGUCGUGGGAGACCCAGAAAGGUUAAUAUUACUUCAUCAAAGUCUCAGGAUGAAGACGAAGAGGGUGAUUAUGAUGAAGAAAAUGAUAUCACCGAGACAUCUAGAAAUGUUAAAUCAAUUAAUCGAUCCAGCAGAAAUGAAGAAGAUGAUUCUGAAACAUCGGAAGAAGACGACGAGGGUAGUUCCUGUGAUGACUCGAGUUCUAAUGCUUCAAGAGCUCAGCCUCCCAAUCCACCACUACACAGUCAAAUUAAUUCAUUUGCUUUAGCUCUUAACCAACAAGUAGAAGAUGAUGACUAUGACAAUUGAGGGCCAUUUUCUAGCCGAAAAUUAUCUAAUAAAAACAACAAGUAAAUUCUUCACUUUGUUAAAUUCAUAAAUAAAUUUUCAUGAUAUCAUUUGAA